CGCAAACACAAUGUAUUUCAACUGUAUACAAAAAGUCACGACUCCCAGAAAACGCAUUGCAAAUAACAAACGCGCAGAUUAGAUUAUUCGAUUCUGUAAAGUGGAAUAGUUUACUUGAAAAUGACUUUCGACGUAGAAAAAUACAAAACCUUUUACGAAUGUGACGAGCAUUGGGAGUUGAAAAAAACGUUCAUGGAGUCUAAUAUACAUAAUUUCCCUGAAGACGAAGUUGUAUGUCUGGCACAAGUGUUCACCAACAUUGAGUUGUUAGGAUGCCAAUAUCCUCCGGAAACAAUGCGUUUGGUGGCCGAAUUAUCGAAAAAUAUUGCAUCCAAGUACCGAGAUACGCGAACAGGCAAAUUGAAGCGAACAUUCGUUACUGCGUCGGAUGCUGCUGCUUCCCGCUACGUUCAGAAAAAAUAGAAUAAUACAACGUUAAGUCUCACAAUAUCACUAUCUAACGAGGCGUAAUCGCCAAUGAAUAUGCAAGAAUUUUUUACGGAAUGUAUCAGAACUGAAAUAAAUUGUAGCACUGAAUAAA